UCAUACUUUCCGUUAACUCCUCUUAAUCUUUAACCUUACUUUCUCUUCCAUAAAUCUUCCUAAUAAUGUAAUAUUGAUCAAUUCACCCCUCAUCAUGCUUUUGGGACAAGUUUCGUGGCUGGAUAUCGCCAUCUUUCUCUCCUUCCUCACACCUCAAUUGAUCAUCCAUGUUGGCUUUUUCCAAACCGCCAGUUGUGGUCUACAGGCACUACCAUUUUUAUGUAAGAUACAUAUAGAUGUACGUCCCAGACAUCAUACUGACAACCACAUAGUAAUCAAACUACCACUGUCAUUCAUCAAGGAACGCUUUUUAACAAGCUACAAAAACCAAUCGCCUUUUAUUCAACAAGCUUCCUGGUUUGAGGAUAUUGUCAUUCGUUGUGUCCGUUAUGCUUUUGCUUAUAUUCCAGCAAAUAUUGGUCGAGUCUUCUUCUCAAAAGCAGUUGCGUUGCCAUUUUUGAGGUUUCGUAUGCUUCGUCAUGGAUUCAUAAAAUCUCCUAUUCAUUGGCAUGAGGUCAAUCGGGUAAUUAUCCCCUGCUCUUGAUUGCCGAAUGGCGUUCAAGUAUACUAAAGUUUCCAGGACGACAUGAAAGGAAUUUGGAUCAUUGCGGACAAGACUAGAGAACCAGAUAUUGUGAUUUAUUAUGCCCAUGGUAUGAAUACAUUUCUUUGCUUUAAUCUCGAAAAUACUGAAAGAGCUUUAGGUGGUGGAUUCUCCAUGGGAUCAAGCUAUUUCUACUUGGAAUUUCUUCUUUCAUGGUUGAGCCUACUCAAAGACUCUAGAAAAUUUAGAAACCCCGCCAUCUUCGCAUUAGAAUACAGCUUAGUACCUGAUGAAUCAUAUCCCACUCAACUUCACGAAGCAUUUGCCGGCUACAAAUAUGUCUUAUCCGUGACGCACCACCCAUCCAAAAUUUGUGUCAGUGGCGAUUCAGCUGGAGCGACAUUGAUUCUCAGCUUGCUGCUUCAAAUCGCCAGACCAGAUAUAAUCAAGUCACAUCCAACCAUGGAAACUACACAUACCGAAACCCCUGCGAUGGCAGUUUUGAUUUCUCCUUGGACUACACUCGAUUCACCAGAAGCCAAGAAUACUUCAAGUGACUACUUAGAUACCAAUAGCCUACGUCGUUAUGCACAUCAAUACGCUGGAAGUCGAGCUUCUGUCUCAGAUCCCUCUCUCUCACCAGGGGCAUGUAAAGAUUUGGACUGGUGGAGAAUGGCCAGUCCUACCAGAGGUUUUUUCAUUACUUAUGGUUCAGAGGAGGUCUUUGCGCCAGAGACUCGUGAUCUUAUUAUGCUUCUCAAAAAGUCUAGAAAGGUUGAGAUACGAGCACAGGAGCAAAUUGGUGGCAUUCACGCAUGGCCUGUUGCAGCUCUAUUCUUAAGUAGCACAUCAUCCGCAAGGCUGAAAGGGCUGCGUAUGCUUGUGAGUGAAAUAGGUGAACGAAUGGGAAAGGUACAUUGAGGCAGUAUAUCCAUGGGAAUGUUUAAUUUCCAUAAAAUCGAUCAACAAUUUCAGAAUAUGCCAAUGCCAUUACCUGUAAUGGAUACGAGCAUCGCUUUGGGAGAGUAAAUCUGCCUCGAUACUCAGAACCUCAUCAAAUGCUGGCUGAUUUCACCAGAAAUUAUUCGAAUGAUCUCAGACCAAAGGUAUUUACUACCACACGGCUGGCAGAGAAUAUCGCAUUGAGCGUUAAACUCAAUCCUCCCUCCCGAGGUCGAAUAUGGCUAUCCUCAAAAGUCACGACAAGAUUCUCAAAUCAAGGAAAAGCUGAAAACCGCCAGCGCCAGGAGCAGGGAAAUGAGAAUCAUGACCAACCAUUGACUCACCAUAAUGUCAACCAUGAAUGCUAAUCAUGUCAAUGGACACUGAAUCAGGUAAAUCGACAAAGGAAUAAUGAAAUAUACAUCGGAGGAAUGUAAUCGCGUCCCGAUCUUCAAAUUCCACAACUAUAGACUGUAGCCACUGUUUAAAAAUCUACCAAU